GAACACAUUCAGUAGGGACUGAAGGUAGCCUACACUGGAGUCAGAAGAAUAAUUAAUCAGUGGGGUGCGUGCGCCUUGCGUCAUGCGCAGCAAGAAGAACUGGCCAAAGCGCUGAAUUGAUCAGCGGCUCAUUAUAGCUUAGCGUGCCAGCUGAUCGAGCUAACUGUUUCGUUCAGCUUGUGUUUCACAAACUGAUAUCCUGCGAGCCCCCACCCCACAUUCGUCCUCAGCUGCCUCCUCCCCCUCUUUUUUUCCUCAGGGGCGCUUGACGGAGAGUAACGAGGCUAACAGACAGCUCAACAUUGGCAGAAUUAAGGAAUAGAGGGAUCUGAGUGUUCUCACGAACGGAUUGCCCUUACAUUCGGUGAAGAUGAACAGAUCCAGGGCGGCCCAGAGCCCAAUGCAGGGGAACAGAAGCGGCGAUGGGAACACAGAGAUGUCGCCGCUGUCCCCUCGCGAUUGAUGCUUCUACUUUCUGUCACUGUGUGUUCCUUCAUAGGAUUUUAUCACGGUUGGAUUGGUUCUUUUGCACUGUAAUGCCGGUGAUGGGUCUUGCGAAAAGGAUGACACCUUACCAAAUGGCUCGGUUCGAAAACGAGGUGCCGUCCAGGUAUGGCGGAGGCCCGGGACACGCUCAAGGGGGCCCCGGCCGCGGCGGCAGCAGACAGGGGGGCCCGCCGGGUCAGAGAAUGUACAAGCAGUCAAUGGCCCAGCGAGCCAGAACUAUGGCCCUCUACAACCCCAUACCAGUGCGGCAAAACUGCUUCACUGUCAACCGAUCUCUGUUCAUCUUCAGUGAGGACAACUUUGUGAGAAAAUACGCCAAAAAGAUCACCGAAUGGCCUCCAUUUGAGUACAUGAUCCUGGCUACCAUCAUCGCUAACUGCAUCGUCCUGGCCCUGGAACAGCACCUUCCAGACGGGGACAAGACACCGAUGUCAGAGCGCUUGGAAGACACAGAACCCUACUUCAUCGGCAUUUUCUGUUUCGAGUCAGGCAUUAAGAUCUUGGCUUUGGGCUUUGCCUUCCAUAAGGGCUCAUACCUACGCAAUGGCUGGAAUGUCAUGGACUUUGUAGUGGUGCUUACUGGAAUCCUGUCCACAGUGGGCACAGACCUUGAUCUGAGGACGCUGCGUGCUGUUCGGGUGUUGAGACCCCUCAAACUGGUGUCUGGGAUUCCCAGCUUGCAGGUUGUGCUUAAAUCCAUCAUGAAGGCCAUGAUCCCUCUUCUGCAGAUCGGUCUGUUGCUCUUCUUUGCCAUCCUCAUGUUCGCCAUCAUUGGUCUGGAGUUCUACAUGGGCAAAUUUCACACCACUUGCUUUGACAAAAUCACCGAUGAGAUCCGGGAGGAGUUUCCGUGUGGAAAAGAGGCUCCUGCUCGAACGUGCCCUAAUGGAACUGAAUGUAAACUGUACUGGAUUGGACCUAACUAUGGAAUUACCCAGUUUGACAACAUCCUGUUUGCCGUGCUCACAGUCUUCCAGUGCAUCACCAUGGAGGGCUGGACUGACCUGUUAUACUAUAGCAAUGAUGCUUCAGGGAGUGCAUGGAACUGGAUGUACUUCAUCCCCCUCAUCAUCAUCGGCUCCUUCUUCAUGCUCAAUCUUGUGCUGGGUGUGCUGUCAGGAGAGUUUGCUAAAGAAAGGGAACGUGUGGAGAACAGGAGAGAGUUUCUUAAGCUGAAGCGUCAGCAGCAGAUAGAGAGAGAGCUGAACGGAUAUCUGGAGUGGAUCUGCAAAGCAGAAGAGGUGAUUUUGGCUGACGAGGACAAUGACCCAGAUGACCGGAUACCCUUUGACGGCUCGCGGAGGAGGCCUACCAUCAAGAAGAAUAAAACAGACCUGCUUGAUGCAGAGGAUAGAGAUGGAGAUAUAGGUUCUCCAUUUGCACGGGGCAGUCUGAAGAGCUCAAAGCUGGAGGGCUCUUCCUUCCAUAAAAAAGAGCGUCGACUGCGAUUUUUCAUCAGGCACAUAGUGAAGACUCAAGCAUUUUACUGGAGCGUGCUGUGUCUGGUGGGACUCAACACACUGUGUGUGGCUGCUGUGCACUACGACCAGCCCGAAACGCUCUCCGACUUCCUCUACUUUGCUGAGUUCAUCUUCCUGGGGAUCUUUAUGUCAGAGAUGUGUAUUAAGAUGUAUGGGCUGGGGACCAGUCCUUAUUUUCACUCCUCCUUCAACUGUUUUGACUGCAUUGUCAUUUGUGGCAGCAUUUUCGAGGUGCUCUGGGCUAUAAUCCAGCCAGGAACCUCGUUUGGGAUCAGUGUGUUACGAGCUCUUAGGUUACUGAGGAUUUUCAAAGUGACCAAGUACUGGGCGUCUCUGAGGAACCUGGUGGUGUCUUUGCUUAACUCAAUGAAGUCCAUUAUCAGUUUACUCUUCCUCCUUUUCCUCUUCAUCGUGGUCUUUGCAUUGCUGGGCAUGCAGCUGUUUGGAGGACAGUUUAAUUUUGAAGCCGGCACACCACCUACAAACUUUGAUACUUUUCCUGCAGCAAUAAUGACAGUGUUUCAGGUCCUGACGGGUGAAGACUGGAACAUGGUCAUGUAUGAUGGGAUCGAGUCUCAGGGCGGAGUCAGGAAGGGCAUGGUCUUCUCAGUCUUCUUCAUCGUUCUUACGCUCUUCGGCAACUACACUCUGCUCAAUGUGUUCUUGGCUAUCGCUGUGGACAAUCUGGCCAAUGCACAAGAGCUGACCAAGGAUGAACAGGAGGAAGAGCAGGCAGCCAAUAAGAAAAUGGCUCUUCAGGCAGCCAAGGAAGUAGCAGAGGUCAGCCCACUGUCUGCAGCCAACCUCUCCAUUGCUGCCGUGACAGUAAGCUCUGAGCGUCUUGAUGCAACAGAACACUUUCUGGACUGUAUGGAGCAACAGAAGAACCACAUAGGGUGUAAGUCGGUAUGGGAGCAGCGCACUACUCAGCUGAGAAGACAGACCCUGGUGAACAGCAGAGAGGUGCUUUACAAUGAGUUGGACCCUGAAGACCGCUGGAAGGUCGCGUACUCCCGUCAUAUUCGUCCUGAUAUGAAGACUCACCUGGACCGGCCGUUGGUCGUGGACCCUCAGGAGAACCGCAAUAACAAUACCAACAAAACCCGUCCAGGUGACGGCCAGCCCCGGCGCACUCAUCAGCUCCUGCACAAACAGCCCAGCUUCAAUGAAGGGGAGAGUGGAGGAUCUGGGCCCUGGACAGCAUUGGAGAGGGGCGACUCCACUGGAUCUCGUCGGAGUCUUUUAGGCUCUGAGAACCAUGGGGAGGGUAGAGAGUGUCAUCGUAGACAUCAGCAUAGCGAGCGCUGCAGCCAGGCCCGCCAACAUCGUAAAGCCGCAGAGGAUGAGGGAGAGGGAGAGGGCGGAGGGAGGAGACACAGGAGUAAGGGCAGGGAAAGAGGACCUGAAACGCAAGAGCGGAAACAUAAGCAUCAUCGCCAUGAGGGCGAAGGAAGAAAAGAGAGAGGGGUCCGUCACCGUACAAGGAAGGAUGGUCAUGGAAGUGGUCUCACUCUCUCCACCACCCGUCCCAUUCAGAAGACUCUGUCCAGGCAGGACAGUCAGUACAGUGAGGACCUGGACAAUGCCAUGAACAACAAGCUCGCCACCCAGCCACCUAGGAACUCCACCCCUCAUGAUAGUCUGCUCAAUCUGGCCAACAGUGCCCAUACUGCCGGCCUGACACACACUGGCACUGAGAGCAACCUCAUUCCCACCAACCCUUCUUCGACCCCUGCUAAUGUUACCAGCACUGGUCACCUGGGCAUGAACCCUGACUACACUGCCGUGGACAUCCCCCCGAUGUUCCCCUCCAGUAACGCCGUCUUACAGGUCAAUAGGAAUGCAAACACUGAGCCCCUGCCCAAGAAGGAGGACACAAAGGCUGAUGAUGAUGAUGAUGAGAAAGAUGAUGGGGGGCCUAAACCCAUGCCACCCUACACCUCAAUGUUCAUUCUGACUACCACCAACCCAUUCCGGAGGCUGUGCCACUAUAUCGUCACGCUCCGAUAUUUUGAGAUGUGUAUUCUGCUGGUCAUUGCAAUGAGCAGUAUUUCCCUGGCCGCUGAAGACCCUGUCUGGCCCGAAUCUCCCCGCAACAAUGUCCUGCGGUACUUUGACUAUGUGUUCACGGGUGUGUUCACCUUUGAGAUGCUCAUUAAGAUGGUAGAUUUAGGUCUUGUCCUGCAUCAAGGCUCAUAUUUCCGUGACUUGUGGAACAUCCUGGACUUUAUAGUGGUUAGUGGUGCCCUGGUGGCGUUCGCCUUCACAGGAAGCAGCAAGGGGAAAGACAUCAGUACUAUCAAGUCCCUGCGUGUGCUCAGAGUACUUCGGCCUCUGAAAACCAUCAAGCGUCUGCCAAAGCUGAAGGCUGUCUUUGACUGUGUGGUGAACUCUCUGAAGAAUGUGUUGAACAUCCUCAUUGUCUACAUGCUGUUCAUGUUCAUCUUUGCUGUGGUGGCUGUGCAGCUCUUCAAAGGCCGUUUCUUUUACUGUACCGAUGAAUCCAAAGAGCUUGAGCGUGACUGCAGGGGCGAGUAUCUUGUCUAUGAAAGAGAUAAUGAAGUGCGGGCGCAGAAGCGGGAAUGGAAGAAAUACGAUUUCCACUACGACAAUGUGCUCUGGGCCCUUCUCACCCUCUUCACCGUUUCUACUGGAGAGGGGUGGCCACAGGUGCUGAAACAUUCAGUGGAUGCGACCUACGAGAAUCAGGGCCCGAGUCCAGGUUACCGGAUGGAAAUGUCCAUUUUUUACGUGGUGUACUUCGUGGUCUUCCCUUUCUUCUUCGUCAACAUCUUCGUGGCUCUUAUCAUCAUUACUUUCCAGGAGCAAGGAGACAAAAUGAUGGAGGAUUAUAGCCUGGAAAAGAAUGAGAGAGCCUGCAUAGACUUCGCCAUCAAUGCUAAACCGCUCACGCGCCACAUGCCUCAGAACAAACAAACGUUCCAGUACCGCAUGUGGGAGUUUGUGGUGUCUCCUCCGUUUGAAUACACCAUCAUGGCUUUGAUCGCCCUCAACACCAUUGUCCUUAUGAUGAAGUAUGAUGGAGCAUCAGAUACCUAUGAAGCUGUGUUAGCCAACCUGAACAUGGUGUUCACCUCACUUUUCUCCAUGGAGUGCAUAUUGAAGAUCAUUGCCUUCGGAGUGCUGAACUACUUCAAAGACGCCUGGAACAUCUUCGACUGUGUGACUGUACUUGGCAGCAUCACUGAUAUUUUAGUCACAGAGCUAGGGAACAACUUCAUAAAUCUGAGUUUUCUAAGGCUCUUCAGAGCUGCUCGUCUCAUUAAGUUGCUCAGGCAGGGUGAGACCAUACGCAUCCUGCUCUGGACCUUCGUUCAGUCUUUCAAGGCUCUGCCGUAUGUGUGCUUACUCAUCGCCAUGCUGUUCUUCAUCUACGCCAUCAUUGGCAUGCAGCUGUUUGGGAACAUUGCGAUUGAGGAGGAUGGUGAGAGCGCCAUAAACCAGCACAACAACUUCAGGACUUUUUUCCAGGCCCUAAUGCUGCUCUUCAGGAGUGCUACAGGUGAGGCAUGGCAUGAAAUCAUGCUGUCAUGUCUGGGAAAGAAGCAGUGUGAUUCUCACUUCGGUAACGUGGAGCCAGAAUGUGGGAGCGAGUUUGCCUAUCUCUACUUUGUCUCCUUCAUCUUCCUCUGUUCCUUUCUGAUGCUGAAUCUGUUCGUGGCUGUGAUCAUGGAUAAUUUCGAGUACCUGACACGUGACUCCUCUAUCCUGGGACCCCAUCACCUGGACGAGUAUGUGAGAAUCUGGGCAGAGUAUGAUCCAGCUGCUUGCGGGCGCAUUCAUUAUAAGGAUAUGUACAGUUUAUUGCGAGUUAUCGACCCCCCUCUGGGCUUAGGCAAGAAAUGUCCUCAUAGGGUGGCCUGCAAGAGACUGUUGAGGAUGGACCUGCCAGUUGCCGAUGACAACACAGUGCACUUUAAUUCCACCCUUAUGGCCUUAAUCCGAACUGCUCUGGACAUCAAGAUCGCCAAGGGUGGGGAAGGAGGUGUAGAUAAGCACCAGAUGGAUGCUGAACUAAGGAAGGAGAUGAUGGCGAUAUGGCCCAAUCUAUCUCAGAAGAAUCUGGACCUUCUGGUGACACCCCACAAGUCAGCGACAGACUUGACAGUGGGAAAGAUUUAUGCUGCCAUGAUGAUCAUGGAGUACUAUCGGCAAAGUAAAGCCAAACGGACACAGGCUAUCCACGAUGAACAGAAUCGAACGCCAUUAAUGUUUCAGCGUCUGGAGCCACCAUCUCCAAGCCAGGAUGUGGGACAGGGACUCACUGGCCUUCCUGAAACACAACAACAACCUGUAAAUCAUCUGCCUGUUGAUGACAGGAUCCCGGAGAGCCAAUCAUGGGUGACGGCACGAGCCCAAGAGAUGUCUCAGAAAGCAGGAAGCUGGAGUCCUGAAGGCCAAAACCCAGACAACACUGCAGAUAACUGCAGACAAUCUCAGACAGUAGAGAUGAGAGAGAUGGGGCAGGACGAGUACUCGGACACUGAGCACUAUCUGCCGAUGGAAGGCCAUGGCAGGGCUGCUUCCAUGCCUCGACUCCCAGCAGACAACCAACAGACUAUCACUGAUAACAGUCUGAUGAAGCGUUCAGUUUCAUCUUUGGGGCAUGGGCGUCAAGGCCGCUCAGUGCGGGGUGAGGACUAUGCCAUGGACAGGGUUAUCCCAGAAGAGGGACACAGACAUGGGCAUCGCCACCGAGACCGCAAUCACCGUGCGUCUGAGCGUUCCCUGAGCCGCUACACUGAUGCUGACACAGCAGGUCUUGGCACUGACCUCAGCACCACCACACAGUCGGGAGACCUGCCAUCCACGGAGAGGGACCGGGGCCGGGCCAAAGACCGCAAGCACCACCAUCAUCACCAUCACCACAACGGUUCUCUAGAUAAGGAGCACUAUGGACAUGAGCGAGAACGAGGGGACUAUGGCCACAGACAGUCUAGAGAGAGAGACCGCCGCUGGUCCCGCUCACCGAGUGAGGGCAGAGAGUGCCUGACACACAGACAGGGCAGUAGUUCAGUAAGUGGCAGUCCAGUCCCCUCCACCUCUGGGACCAGCACGCCCCGCCGCGGCCGGCGUCAGCUACCCCAAACCCCCGCUACACCCCGACCCCACGUCACCUACUCUCCCGUGGUCCGUAAGCCCAUUGGUGGCACUCCCCCUCCGGGCCAACAAAACCGACUCCCAGCUCCGACUUCCCGUCGGUUUAGCCCGCCCGGUCCAGAGCCCCCGCUUCCCCCUCACCACCAUCCAUCGCCCCCAAACCAUGGCUCUCCUCACUCCUCCCGUCAUGCGCACUGGGGCCCCAGCCCUGCGGAGAGUGUGGAGGGUGACGGUUUCUACGAUGACCAAGACUAUGAGUUCAAUCACCACAAGCCUCCAUCCUAUGAACAAAGCCCUGUGCAGGGUAACCCUCACCCACAUUCCCCCAGGACUUCACGCCACAGCACCCCGCCUCAUGGCCAGCCAAAUCCGCGGCGCAUGCCAAACGGAUACCGUUCAUCAUCGCCCCCUCCCCACCACCACACCCCCAACCACCAGGGAACUCAUAAGCCUCCUCAUCCCAGAGGGCCCAGGAAGGGCCUCCAUGAACCCUACAGUGAGACUGAUGAGGAUGACUGGUGCUAGCCUCUGGGACGGGGAGGGGUGAGUCUUUCCACGCUCUCUGGAACGGACUGCCACCAUGCAGAACGCAGGGUCACGGUGAAACAAUACUCUCACCGGACUUGCCAGUCUGUCCGGGGAAACACUAGGCAGUGCGCUGAAUGUCCACAGAGGAAAUCUAGGCAUGAUUUGUUUCUUUCUAUUUCUCGUUUCUUUUCCGAUUCCUCUGCUGCUGAGUGUUUCCCUGAAACAGUGGUCUGCUAACAGUGAAUAUAAAGACUUCUGAAUAUGAAAUUCUCUUCUUAGCCUUUUCAGAAGAAUACAAAAAUUGUUUUGAUAAGGAGGAGGAAUCUCUGAACUUUGUUUCCCAGGAAAUUUCACGCAGUCCCUCCGGAUAUGAGACGCUAGAAACUCUAGCACUCUUAAAAAAAAAAAAAAGAAGGUGGAUCACUUUUUAUUUCACAGAACUUGACUGGAGAUUCGUUUAUUGCAAAAAUCAGUCCAGAUGCUGGGAAAUAUCGAUGAGUUUUAUCAUCUGUGUUUACUGUUGUUAAUUAUCCCGGUGAGGGGGAGGCAUUUGUCCAUGUGGGUAAAUUGUGGGUGGAAGUUGGAGAUGGGCGGAGGUGAACUCACCUGAACUAAAAUAGGAAAGCCCACCCUGCACUCCAGACCCCUAAGCGCAAGAAAGAAGAAUCACAAAAAAUAAUAAUAGGAGAGAAAAAAAAAAUGAAAAGCUCCUCACUCUUUCUUCUUCUACGACUUCGUCUUCUGCUUCUCAUUGGAAACACUGGAGUUUGAAUCUUCUGUUGCACUGCCCAGCUUUGUUUGAACUCCCAGAAAAUACAUUCCUUGGAAAUUCUGCAUGAUUAAAAAAGUAAUAAUAAUAAUAAUGAAAAAAAAGUAAAAAAAAAAAAACAAAUACAUAAAGAAAUGUUGGAUAAAACGGGGGAUCAGUUCCUUGGCUCUUUUGUCAUGUCCGUGACGUUCUCUCUCUCUCUCUCUCUCUCUCUCUAACGACUCUCUGAGAUCCCUCUCUCCUGAAGGAGGAAGGGGGAGAAGAAGCCAUUGCUAAUGUAAGUAAAUGGGUGACCAGAGAGAUGUUCGCAAUGUUUUAUACCAGAUUUGGUGCCAAAGGCCACAUUCAAUAAUGAUUGCGAAUCAAAAAUAAAUGGAUAGCACAAUUAUUUUGUUUUAUAACCUUUUUAUUUACAUUCCUCUGUCAGUGUGUAGAUGAUUUGCUCACCUUUACCAAAAUGCAGAUAUAGUAGCACAUAAACAUAUAACAGGCAAAGGACACAUGUGAUUCUUUUCCCUUACACCGCCGUAAACGGCCUCUUCCAGUCUUCCAGAGUAAAUACAGAGACAAAGAGAUGAGGGGGUAGAAAAGAGAGAGAGAGAGAGAGAGAACCUCUCCAUCUUUACAUAUGAUUUCAUGUUGAUAAUGAUGAUAAUGUGUGUAUAAAGAUAAUUACAUAAUUGAUGAUGAUGGUGAUGAUGAUGAUGAUGAUUUUAAUUUGGUUUUCUACCUGUUUUUGUAUGUGACUCAGCUGCUCUUUGUAUUGCCAUUUCAUGUGAGUUUUGUGUAGAUGGUGUGUGGAGCUCCGUGAUAGUGAUCCGUUAUGGGCCAUGACAGAAACCCAUCUGACCUUCAGUCGACGUCCUCGUUAGUUCGACAACUUCGGAUGUUUCCAUGGAAACAGUUUCUCAGCCAUAUCAUUGAGCAUUAAUGAGAGUUUGAAGCAUGCAUCUGAUCUCGAGUCUCUGUAACUGUGAACACUUUUUAUCAAGAAGGGAAAAAAGAAAGCAGAGAAAGAGCUGACUAGUUAUCGACCAUAUUGAUACAAACAUGUUAUGUAAAUCUUUAAAGAGCAUUUAGAUAUUAGCUAAGUAAACAAGGAUUAAUUCGUUUGGCAUAAAAUGCGCACGUUUUUUUAUCCAUACUUUCAGUAAUAAUAUUUAUUUUAAAGGAUGUUUAAAAAAAAAAAUCAAUGAUCUAUUUAGAACGAUUGUUGUUUAACUUUUAAACCAGUGGUUCUCAACUAGGGGUCCUAAGCAAAAAAAAGAAAAAAAAAAAGAUGACAAAUUAUUAAAUUAAUUGUUAAGAUUAGCAAUCAAUCACAGAAUAAAUCUUAAUUUAAAACAAUAAAUAAAGUUACAAAACAAGCAGCUUGAUGUCAAAAAGGUUGAGAACCACUGCUUUAACUAACCUAAAAAGUACCCCCCAAGACAUUUUAAAGUAAGCUAAUGGUGAGAAAGGAACUGAGCUCCACUACCUCUACUCGAGCAGCAGAUGGCGCUGUGAUCCACAUUGUUCUGCAGCCAGUGGCUCUGGCUCUUGUCAGUCUCACCUUUUUCUGUUCCAUGUGUUUAUGUCAAUGACCUGUACACUGAAAGAAGUACUUUGUGUCUGUCACCGAUGGUGCACGGUUCUGUGUUCAGGAAAUGUAACACAGCCAAUCAAACUGCACAGGAACAUGUAACACAGCCAAUCAAAUUGCAUGGGUGAAACAAUGACCAGGCCUUUUCUGCCAAAACUUG